AUGUCGCAGCGUGGAACUUGGUGGGUCGACGAGAUUCGGCAAAGAUUCAGUCAGUCAUAGCGUAGCCGCCGUGUGUGACAGACAGUCUUACGACGUCUGGAUUUGGAAUGUAGUGGAUAUUUAAGGCUGGAGUUUUUUUGGGAGCCGAGUGCAUUCAAUUAACAUAAAAUUGCCGACACGGAAAAGUACGAGUAUACAAGUGUGCAUUCUAAGAAUAACAAAGAAGACAAGUGGGAUAAAAACAGCAACGGUUACGGUUACGGUUACGGUGUAAAGUGCCACAGCAAACACAGCCAGAAAGCAGAAGGAACAAACAAACAAACGAAUACCGAAAGCAACCCCAAACAAACAUCGGUGAAGGUUGUCCCACGGUGUGGUGUGCCCCUCCAAAUCCGGAGAGUGUAUGUGCCCGGGACUGAGUGCGGCUCUGUGGGUGAGAGGGAGUGCCGAGAGGCAAGUGCAAGAAAUGUGCAAAGUAAUGUGCUGCAACUAAAGUGAAAUGCCAUCCGUGAAAUCCCCUAAAAGUGAAAUUCUUCCUGGGAUUAUUAGAAGCGACAGCGGCAGCUACAGCUACAGCUACAGACCAAGGAGCACCAGAACCAGCUACAGGAUCAUCGGAACUACCAGCAGCAGCAGCAUGACAAACGGCCAUUCCUUGCGACUCCGUCUCCUGCUGUUGAGCAACAUUUUCGGAUUACUCAGCCGGACCCAGGCUUUACCAUUCGAGUAUUUAGAUGAGCACGACGACUUCAACUAUGACCUGGACACGGCCCAAUCCCAGGCCAAGUACGACGCGCGCCUUCUGUCCCAGCAAAUGCUCAGCGACACCGAGCUGCUCCAGCAGGCCGGAGCGACAGGCCUCGAAUCAGACUCCACCUUGGAACCCCACACUCUGAGAGCUCAGGGUGGGCUUUCUGAUGGCUCAGUCGAGGAUUUGGAGCCGCACAGUCGGGCAGCCGCCUGCUUCACUAACGGCCACAAGUACACACAUGGACAGAAGGUGCCGCGCCAGGAUGCCUGCGAGGUGUGCCUCUGCAUGGACGGAGAGAUCUUCUGCUGGUGGGAGCGCUGCGAUAAGACCAAUGCAAACAAGGUGAAGGAAAUGGCGGCAGGAAACGACAAAGACAACGACAACGACAACGACAAUGGCAUUGGCAAUGGCAAUGGCAAAGUCAAAGCCAAUGGCGGUGGGGUUGGUUCUGGUGUUGGCUUCGGCUUUGAUGCUGGUGUUGGUGACUAUUCAGAUCCAUAUCGCUAUGAGAGCACCACGAGAAAGUCAACAAAAGUGCAUAAAACGGCUGGGAAAGUUGGCAAGCGGCGCAAGCAUCGUAGGAAUCAAAAGAAUUUUAAUGACUACGAAGUUUUCCAGAGCCACAAGCAGCAGCAGCCGCAGCAGCAGCCACAGGAUUAUAAAAAGUCAGCCAUAAAGCAGCAACAGCAGCAGCAGCAGCAGCAGCAGCAGCAGUACGAGCAUCAGAUACAAAAACAAAAGACUGGCGAUGCCACCAACUACAAUAUAAUCAAGCAACACAAACACGAGCAGCACCAGAAGUUGCCCGAGAAGCAGCAGCAACAGGAGCAGGAGCAGGAGCAGAAGCAGGAGCAGGAGCAAGAACAGAGUGCUGUAGCCCCGCCAGUUAAUCAGGCUGCAGCAAAGAAAACGCAUUAUCAGCAGCCAGCAACAACCAUUGCCACGCCCUCGCACCAGCAUCCCCACAAGCCUCCACAUUCGUCCAGCAAGAUCUUAAAUUUCCCCGAAAACUUGCCGGCCCUGCUUUAUUACGACUACAAGACGGAGGAGCACGAGCACCAUCAGCAUCAGCAUCAUCAGCAGCACUUGCUGCAUGAAAAGCAACGCUUGCAACAUCAACAAGAGGCGUUGGCCCGACAAAAGCCACCAGCAGAUGCAGGCGUUGAACUCCAUACCGACUUGGGCGUUGAUAAAAACUUUGAUGAUGCGGAAACCGACAGCGAUAUUUUGCCAGAGCCGCCAACAAAGCGCCCCAAGGCAGCGCCCACACAAUGGACAACGAGUAGCAGCCCCAGGAGCAGCAUGGCCAAGGCGUUGAUGACAAACCAGGCAGCGACGUCCACAACGGCGACAACAACAACAACAACAACAAUGCGAACGACUACGACGACAGGAACAAAUGGCAAUACGACGGGCAGACUGUCUAGUCGGGACAGUGGAAGAGCUGAAGCUGAAGCUGAAGCUGGAGAUGGGGCCACAGUUUCAGCCACAAAUCUGCAACCAGAUAGGAGCGGUGGCAAGGACCUGGAUGAUGCGUUCCAUCGGUGGCUGACAUCGACGGAGCUGAAUGCUGACAGCACAAACACGCCGGACGAUGCCUCGGAGCAGGAAACAGCAGCAUCGACAAUAAUCGAUGAUGUUGCCAUCAGAAACAAGAGUGACAGCGGCAGUGGGAAUGGGAGAAGUGGCAGCAGCAGCAGCAGCAUCAGCAGCAAAGACAAUGCCAGGAACAACAACAAUGUUGCCGAUGCUGUCUUCUUCCGCAGCUCGUACAAUGAUUACAGCAGCGAAUUCAAUGGGAGUGUUGUCAACAUUGACAUUACACUAACUGCAGUUGAUGUGCAUCCCCGUCGCCAAACGGAUUUAAUUGCAAAUGGCAACAGAACGUCACGUGUGAGCACAGCGGCAACGCCAGGAAUCGCAGAAACGGCAGGAACAACAGCAGGGGCAACAAUGGACCCACAGGCGACCGACAGGAGGAGCUCCGUAACCAUCGCCAGCACCACCAGACCACCCACCAGCAUCAGCAACAACAACAGCAACAAUCAGGAUCAACCUCAGGCGACUGGCAGCCCAGCGGUGCCACCGUAUACACUGACAACGAUUAUAACAACAGUGCCGCUGGCACCAGGGCGUAUGUGCAAUGUUUUGGGCAAACUGUAUAAAAUUGGCGACAUUCUGCCCCAGGAUACGGGCAACUGUCUGCAGUGCAUUUGCACGGAUGCGGUGACGCCCGACGAGAUGCCGAGCGUCACCUGCAGUCCCCACAACUGCCCGCCCCUGGUGCUGCCGGAUCUGUUCGAUGCGACUGGUUACUGAGGUUACGGGCUGGUGCUGUAAGCUGGGUGCCGGGCUGGGUUCCGGUCACAGGGAUGGCGGCAAUAAUGAAAUGAUUGCAUUGAUCAAGCCGUAAAUUCGAUUGGCAACUGUAAGCCGCAGCUGCAGCAGAGGAAGCGACUUGGGUAGAGCUAAUUUUCAGUCAGACUCUCAACUAACUCAAGCAUAAAUUGUAUGGAUUUCAAUGUAAAGCCCUCCCUAUCACGUGUGUCUCAAGGCACUCUCUAAAAACAAAUACCUAUCAGCAAACAUACAUAUAUCUGAUUCACAUAUACGAGUAUAUACCGAUCAACCGAGAGAGAGAGAGAGAGAGAGAGAGAGAGAGAGCGGGCGUAGUCUAGUUUGUAAGCUGAAUAUUUAUGCAUUUUAUAAGAAUGCGAAGUAUCUCUCUCCUUCAAGUAGUGGAUCAACACUACAAUCCCCAAAAAGCAAGCAAGCAAGCAACCAACCAUUGAUGUAUACAGCAGUAGAAAUUUUAAAGAAUUUAUAGAUGUACUUCUGCAGAAUAUAUACAUACUAUACACAUAUAUAAAAAUCGAUACCUAUACCUAUACCUAUACCUAUAACUAUAUCUACAAGUAUGUAUGUAUUGAAUUCAGUUUCGACUUCAUUUCAUGACUGAGACAAUGGAGUGCAAGGUUUUUCAUAUACGAUUUAUCGGAGGGGGAAAAAGCAAACAUACAAAUACAAGUAUAGGCAACUAAAUCUAUAACGAAAAAAACUGAACAAUGACAAAUAAUGAAUUGUGUAAUAUUAUAAUUUAUAUGUUAACGGAAUCAGAACAAUGUAUUCCUUAUUUGCUCACGAAAUAUCAUUUUUUCACGCUUCCGUUGGACAUUUAAAUAUACGUUACGAAAAACCACAAAAUAUAUUAGAUAUUACGAAUAAAUAUGGAAAUUGUUUUAACAAAGCUGAAAGGAGCAAAGAAAGACACCAUAUCGAGUAAAACUAACAGUUUUAAGACACAAAACCCCACAAUAAAAUAUAGUAUAUGUAUGUUUAAACUUUAAAGAUACGAUUAUAUGCAUGUGUGUAUACUUAGUGAGUCUCAUAUACAUGUCUACGAGUAGUUUGAGAAUCGAAUGAAUGCAGAUUUUUCAAAUGACUUCGUUUUACGUUCAUUUCAUUUCAAAGCAAGUUUAGGCGUGAUAACCAUCGAUUAAUUCGGAGAGAGUAAAAUUAAGUGAACUAUACUUGAAAAGUAGACAUUUAAAUUUCGAAUACGUACAUACAUACGUACAUAUAUAUGGAUAAAGAGAAAUCCAAGCCGAACUCCAUGGAGAUUUAUACGAGUACACAUGUGUGUAUGCUCGGCCAGCUCUAGUCGAGAGCACUACACAGAAGUAUCAAAAUCAAAAUGAAAAUCAAAUGAAAAUACAUAUACAUAUACGUACGUAAAUACACAUGCAAAAAUAUUUAAUAUUGAUGUUCCACAGAAGAAGAGCAAAACAUAGAACAAAUUGAACUUCGGUAAAAGCGAAAGCACCACUUAAAUAUGCGUAUACAUACGAGUACAUAUACAUAUAUAUAAAUAUAUGGUAUUUGUGCAACAUAAAUGUAACUAAACUAGCUAAAGCUCUCUACUAAUACGAAUACAUGAUACAGAUACACUUGCGUUCAAAUUGAUUUUGUGUGUUUGAAUCAAAUUGAAAUCCAAUUGACGUGAAUAAACCGAAACCCAUCUAAGGACUUACAUA